GAGUCUUACACUCCUAGGAGGUUUCAGCACUCCAAAAAUCUAGCCUACCUACCCCAAGCUCCAGCUCCGGAAGUGUGACCGCGUGUUUGCCGCGAAAGAUUCGAUUUGCGUGUGUGUAGCAGUGUUUUUUUGUUUCUUGUUGCGAAUUCAUUAUGAGGGCGUUCGUGCUGGGAUCCGCCGUACUGCUGCUGGCGACGGCCGCUGCGUCCGGCUCGUACCUGGGUGUGGCUCUAUCGUCGCAGUACCAAGCGCAUGAUGGUAUCGGUGGCUAUGCGUACGGUUAUGCCGAUCCAAACUCGCAAAAGCAUGAGACGAAGGAUGCGCAUGGUAUCACGCACGGUGGCUACUCAUACGUCGAUGCGAACGGACACGUCCAGAGUGUGAAGUACACCGCCGAUCCGAUCCACGGUUUCCAGGUGUCGGGUACCAACCUUCCCAAGGGUCCAGCUCCUCACGUGGCUGCUCCAGCUCACUGGGCUUCGUACGCUUACGCGCCGGUUGUGAUCGGUCACAAUGGCGCUCCUAUUGAGACACCGGAAGUGCAGGCUGCUAAGGCGGCUCACUUCGCUGCUCAUGCUGCUGCCAAGGCUCGUCUGCACAAGCGCUCGCUGUACGCACCCUGGAGCUAUGCUGCCGCUGCCCCGGUCGUCCUGGGACACAAUGGCGUCCCACUCGAUACACCGGAAGUCGCUCACGCUAAGGCUGAACAUGCUGCCGCUCAUGCUAAGGCCCUCGGAUAUGGCCAUGGUCAUGCUGGCCCGAUCCCAGACACGCCGGAAGUCGCUCACGCUAAAGCCGCUCAUGCCGCCGCGCACGCUGCUGCCCGUUCGAACCACCACGCGCUCGCACCGGUGAGCCAUGCGGUCGCACACACACACACGAGCCAUGCCGCACACUACCCGCAGCACAUUCCGGUCAUCAAGAAUGGCGUUCCGGUCGAGACGGCUGAGGUGCAGCACGCUAAGGCAGCUCACUUUGCCGCUGUAGCCAAGGCGCAAGGAUAUGCGCCAGCUCACGCACACACCUACUACCCGCAGCACGUCCCGGUCAUCCACAAUGGUGUGCCGGUGGAGACGGCUGAAGUGCAGCAUGCCAAGGCGGCUCAUUUUGCCGCCAUCGCUGAAGCAAGUGCUCGCUCAGGACACGGUGCUUGGGCGCCAGCUGGACACGAAGAUGACGGUAGCUACGAUGGUCGGUGGGAUCACCACUACUAAUAACGUCCGGACACACUCGUCACCUAACAAUACUCGAACCAAAUACUCGACCGCCUUCCGCCCCAUCGUUCCAGUAUUAGCUUCCCUCGUCCCUCGUGGCUCUCGCGGCCCAAUCUCCUUGUCUCUAGCAUGUACAGCGUUCCUAACUGCAGGUGUACGGCCCUGGUAAAGCCCCCCCCCCCCUCCACCCCCUACAUCCAGAGAAAAGAGCUAGAUUUUUGGUCCCCCAGAUCCAAGUCCACGAGAACCGCGCUGUCGGAUUGUCCGUUUAUCCCCUGGGGAGGUCGGAGUUUUUUGGCCGCCCAAAUAGCCCGCCUAAAUAGCCGCCCUUCCGUUAGAGGGAACAGAAGAGGGUUCAACCUCGGCAUACGCACUCGCACGUGAGCCAACAACAAGCAAAACACCACUCCGUAACAGCUGCCCACGUGGUAGCGGGUCCGUUCCGCUCCUUUCAUCGUUUAGCCGCCAAAGGACCUCGAAGCUGCCGCCCGGAACGGAAGCGGCUCAUUGUAUGCGCGUGUUGGGUGCGUAUCGCAUCGAACAACUGCCCUCAACAUCGGGCUUGAGGUGAACCACUCUACCAAUGGUGGUCUAUAUCCGAGGAUGGUGAUUAGCCACCUCAACCGAACCACCGCCGGCGGCUUAAAUACCACCCAAAACGCAGCCGCCGGUAAACGUUAAUGGGGCCAGGAGUCCGAGAGGCGACACCUGCAGUAAGAGGAAUACAAGAGAAAAAGCACAAAAAAAUACGCGAGCUUAUGAACAAUAAAGAAUAUGAAACCGUACCGCUAUGA